AUGCUCAUCGUUGGCCAAGCGAUCGCGAGCGUCGGAGCAGCGGGUCUCCUGUCAACAACACUGUCUAUUUCUGCCGUCGUAGUCACCUCUCGCCUUCGCGCACUAUACACAGGGAUCCUUUCGUCCUUGUUUGGCAUUGCCAUGAUAUGUGGACCACUCCUUGGAGGUGCCUUCACACAACAUGUGUCCUGGAGAUGGUUAUUUUACAUCAACCUCCCACUAGGUUCCGUAACAAUUGGUGCGCUGGUGCCCUUUUUUUACCCACCAAUUCGAGCAGUUGAAAACGAAACUGUUAAGGGGCGAGUAAAGAGGCUUGACUGCCGGUAA